GCCGCACGUCCGAUGCGCUCUGCGGUGCAACUUCUCUGAGUUUAAAAAGGGAAUGCUUCCCCAUUUCUCAAGAUUAUGCAAAGGCUUACAAAGUGGCACCUAUUUCGCUGAGUAAGUUCAGCUCAACCUUUAAUACAUAUGUGCUGAUAGCCUUUUUCUUGCUUUUAACCGUGCCGACACAUUGUAGAACGGCCAGAAAUGCAGAGCACAGCGGUGCGUAACGAUGAGAGUUCGCCGUGCGCACCAGACACUGUUCCCUUUCUGGAAAGCAGCACGGUCGAGUCGGAGGAUCGUUCUCCGCGAAGUGUGAUCAACAACGGCGACGCUCGGGAAGUUUCCCAGAGAAACGCUCCAGAUAACAAAGAUGUUGACUCCACGCACGCCGCUACACAGCCUGACAAACAGCUCCCCAAGCCCUACACGGCUGAUUGGUCCCCUUAUCUUGUUCUCGUGCUUUCUUGUCUGUGCGUGGCCGCUGCCGGGCUCGGCGGGAACGCCGUCCGCCUCGCCAUGGAGAACUGCUUCGUCAAGUACCCGUUCUUUGCCAAGUUUUCUUACAUUCCGCCCAACGCCGUCGGCAGCUUCGUCAUGGGCCUCUCGGUGACCCUCCUACCUCCCGAGUCCCAUCUGCCGCUGACCUACCGCGCCGUCUGCGUCGGGUUCUGCGGCAGCUGCACGACCUUCAGCACGUGGAUGGUGAAGGUGAUGGUGCAGAACUCGGCCGGUGACGCCUUCGAGCAUCUUUUCCUCGGCGCGGCGAUGCCGAUCGUGUUCUUUCUCUGGGGCCGCGAUGGUGGGCGAGCGCUGCGGUGCGGUUGUGAUGCGCUGCUGCACUGCCCCUGGGCCACGUGGACGGCACAUCGCAGCGUACUGCGCGCACUGGACAUGACCGCCGUGGCGCUGCUCGUGGUGGCGGCGGUGCUGGCGCCGGUGCUCGUGCAGGUGUACAUCAAUCGAGGCCGCGUGCGAGUCAUCACCACAGACGACAUCCGCAUGGUGGUGUUUGCCCCGAUUGGUGCCCUGCUGCGCUUUCUCCUUUCCUUUUACCUGAACAAGCGUGACGGCGUCGCGCAGUUUCCCCUCGGUACGCUGAUCGCCAACUUAGUGGCGGUCGUGCUGUCCGUGAUCAUGUUCAACAUGCAGGUAGAGCACCCGUGGAAUGUGUGGUUUGUCAUUGUCCAGCAGGGUAUCAGCGGCGCCCUCUCCACCGUCUCCUCGCUUGUGAAUGAAAUCGUCGGCUUCUACGGCAAUGGGCGGAUUGCCUUCACCUACUUGUACGUGAUCGUUACGGUGGGCGUGAGCAUUUUCAUAGGUGGCAUCGGCCGCCCUCAGAUGUACCGGAGAACGGUGAACUGA